GAAAAGAUUAAGAACAAGAACAAAGACCCACACAGUCCACUCUUCUUACCUUACAUCACCGCACCAAACACACAAAACAAAAGCCCCUUUCCCUCUUUCUUCCUUCCUUCUAGGGUUUUCUCAAUUCACUUCUCGAUUUUUCGAUUUUCUCAAUGGACGAGGUUCCUGUGAUUGAAGAGAAUGAGACGAAGUCUGAGGCGCAUUUGACUUCAGCUGCUGCUUUUGUUGAAGGUGGAAUUCAGGAUGCUUGUGAUGAUUCUUGUAGUAUAUGUCUUGAAGAAUUCAUCGACAGUGAUCCUUCUACGGUGACAAGUUGCAAGCAUGAGUUUCAUCUUCAAUGUAUUCUCGAAUGGUGUCAGAGGAGCUCCCAGUGCCCCAUGUGUUGGCAAUCUAUCAGUCUCAAGGAUCCAACGGGCCAGGAAUUGCUCGAGGCAGUUGAGAGAGAGCGGAACAUUAGGUUCAAUCCGACUAGAAAUGCCACAAUAUUUCAUCAUCCAACACUGGGGGAUUUUGAGUUACAACAUUUGCCAGUUGGAGCAAAUGAUGCUGAUCUUGAAGAGCGUAUUCUCCAACACUUUGCUGCUGCAGCAGCAAUGGGGCGAGCACGCCAUAUUGCUAGAAGGGAAGGCCAGAGAAAUAGGUCAUCAGCUCAAGGUCGCCCACAGUAUAUGGUAUUUUCAGCUCAUCCUAAUUCACCUCCCAUGGCUCCUGCUUCUUCCUCCCCACCUCAGAGAGGGGAUGGUGAACAGACUCCUGCGACCGGAGAAGAACCACCACAGCUCACUUUAGUUCCUCCAGUUCAAACCGACCAGGUUUCUGCUUCAGGAUCUGGGUCUGCUGCUCUUGCUACUGACAAUCUGGGAUUAUCUUAUAACAGCAGCAGGAGAUCUCCUAAUCAGUCUUCUCCAAGUAGCCAAGACAGAGCAGGACCAUCAGAACUCCAGUCAUUUUCAGAAUCUCUGAAAUCUAAACUAAAUGCCGUGUCUACAAGAUACAAAGAGUCAAUUUCUAAGAGCACAAGAGGGUGGAAGGAAAGGUGGUUCUCUCGGACUAGCCCUAUGUCUGAUCUUGGAUCUGAAGUUAAGCGAGAAGUUAAUGCAGGGAUUGCAACUGUGUCACGCAUGAUGGAACGCUUGGAGACCAGAGACAAUAAUAGAAGCAGUAGUGAUACUGCUCCAAGUAACUUAGCAGAUGGCCCAAUUCAGGGAUCAAGUGAUCAGCAUUUAACAGACACUGAAAGGGACAGUCCUUUGAGAGACAAUAACUCAAAAACAUCUUGCACUGCAGGUUCCAGUUCAAAUUAAGCAUAUAGAAGGAAUUGCUUGAACUCAGAUCUGUUUUGUCCUAAAGGUAGAAAUAGAGUUUCCCAUUACUGGAUAUGAAAUACCGUGGAUGUGGUGCAUUGCCUAUUGGCUGAUAAUCCUUUUACCUACAAAAGAUGACCAACAAUUCUCAUAUUGGAAAUAAAGAACUUAAGAAAAAAAGAUGCAAUGGUGGUCUCAUUUGUUUUAAACUCAGUAACCUUAAUGUGAUUGUAUAUUCAGUUCACCUUGUAAACUUAUAGAUAUUCCUUAGAUAAUCUUUAUACAUAAAACGUGUCUCUUCUACCUAGAGAUAAAUCUUGUUUUUAAAUAUACCAUCAUCUGGGCUGGAGAUUAGUAAUAAUAUGCUGAAAUCGUGUUUGAUUGCGAAA